AUGGCCAACAGUAAGAAGUUGCUCACUUAUGGUCAACUCAUCGUAAAAGACUUGGACAAAGCCUACUUUCUGCCUCAUAGCCGUUCUUCCUUUUGCAAAGACUCCAAGAUUUAUAACGACAAGAAGUACAUGCAUUUUGAUUACCCUCUGAAAGACAGUAAAGAGAAGGAUAUCUUGCGACCCAUCAGACAUCUAGCUACCAUUGGUAAUGCAAUCCCAACCCUGAUAGACGCCAAGCCUGAUAGCCUCCAAUCAAAUCACUGGAAACAGUGGCUGCCGGGUUUUCCAGCUGCAGAAGUGAAAUCUGUUGAAGAGGGUUUCGCUGACAGUAUCCCAGUUGUGACCACCGGACCGUUGCAGUCUCUUCCGGUUAAAAAGCACGCCAUUAAUCCGGAACUGCAUGAAGAGUUACUUUGCAAAAGCACGAUCCCGCGAAUUGGAGUGCCGACCCCUCGAAUCAUGAAUGAAGAAGAUGUUUCCUACCCCUGUAUGGUGAAAGUAGAUCAAUCCAGCGGUGGAUGCGGAAACUGGUUAGUUCAUGAUUCACAAGAGCUGAAAGAGGUGGUGACAACGAUUAGGAACAAGUGCAACUGGAAGGGAAAGUAUAUUUUGCAAGAAUUCAUACCUGGUGCUGAGACCAUGGGAUAUUAUUUCUACGUGUUCAAGUCGGGCGAUAUCCACUGGCUGGGUAGCUUGACCGGGGCUAUAUCAAAGAAUUUCAAAUGGGCUGCCGGAGUAGGUAACUGGAACAAGCAAGAUGAGUUAAGGAAACCAGUUUACGAAGAAUUUAUUUUGCCAAUCAAAAACUUUCUUCACAACUCCGGUUACUUUGGGAUAGUCAACAUCGAGAUUUUAGUAGACAAGGAGGGAAGACGUUAUCUGGUAGAUCUAAACUGCAGGCUCCCCGGAGUUUUAGCUCAGUUAUUUAUGGCGCCUUAUAUGGCAACGCUUGGCUACCCCAUGUCCCUAAUGACAACCAGCAAAGUUCUGACAUGCACAAGAAAGGAGCUAUUUGCAAUGGCAGAAGAAAUCAAUAAUCAAAGCAUUGGGAAAGUCAUCGUGCUGGCUGCAGAGGAUGUUGACGGAAAACUCAAAGCUGACCUUGCUGUGUUUGCUGAAACAAUGCCUGGCAUUCAAGUACUGAUUGACGCAUUGGAACAAAACAACCACUAG